UGACCAUGGCGGGGCAUAAUAUAUAUGUAUCCCCACCUAGAACUAUUCGAGAUAUCUGAAUCUCAGCCAUGUACCAAACUAGGAGACAUUCUUUAACCUCGCUAUACACAGAGCGAGCUCACUACCUCUACACAUCCCGCACUCGUUAACAACGUCGAAGCCCGACAAAAGAUGGCCGCCAGCCCCCCCGGCACCUUCAACUUCCCGCGCGAGUACUUCUUCCCGCCCUUCUUCACGCGCCAGACCAACCUGACGACCCACCACGCCCAGCUGACUAAAUGGUCGGCCCUCGUCCUCUCCUACUGCCGCCACUACCGCAUCUACAAGCUCACACUGUCCGACGCUGCCGGUAACAGCAGCAACAUCGGCAGCAGCAAUGGGUCCAUCGCUACCACCACCUCAGGCCAGACGACGACGACGACGACGACCCCCGCCCCGGGAGCCGACGAGCUGUUCCACAACAGGAAGAUCAACCGGCGGCUGGGCGUGGCGGACGUCAAGGAGGUGAUGGAGUUUAUGCGCCGGGACGGGCGAGCCGAGUACGUCGGGGGCGGCAGCGGGGCCACCGGCGGCGACGUCGUCUGGAUCUACUGGCGGACGCCCGAGGAGUGGGCCGCCGUGGUGGAGGGCUGGGUGGAGAAGACGGCGCAGAAGGGGAGCGUGCUUACCGUGUACGAGCUCACCGAGGGCGAGGGGACGAGGGGUGCGGAAUUCCACGGUCUGGAUCCCGAGUUGCUACUGAAAGCACUAAACAUACUGGUCAAGAGAGGGAAGGCACAGAUAUUCGGCCAGGACGAUUCACAGGGCGUUAAGUUCUUCUGA